CGGCACGGUGCGGACAGCCGGAGCCAUCCCCGCGGCAAUGGCGCGCGAGGGGAGGCGGAAGGGAAGCUUCGGGUUGUUCUGUGCCGACGCGGCGGGGACGGGGCUGCCGGGAGCGGCGUCGUGUCGGCUGCCUUUUUGUUCUUAUUCCCACUUCCCUCUUCGGAAAUGCUUUCGCCCUUCGUAGAAGCAGGUCGCGUCGCUUCGGGCGGUUGUUUUAUGUGAGUUGUGUUUGAAGUUGUUGGAAGCGUUAGGAGGCAGAGGAGCUUGUGAGGUAGAAGGGCCGGAACAACUGUAACACACAACGCUUCCGUAGUGAGUGCGUGGUCGCGGCACGCUGCUCUUUCCUUGGCCCUGGAAAUGGUUUUAAAUAACCGUUGGCCCAUUUGUGAGAGAAUUCGGAUUGGUUUGUCACCGGUGCCAUGAGCUGUGGAGGUUCCUCCAAAACCAACGCAGAACAAAGUUUCCUUUAGUCUGAGGAAGGAAAAGUUUUUCCUUUUGGCAUCCUGGGCUGUAUGAGAAGGACUGUGGCCAGCAGGUCAGAGAGGUUCUGCUCCCCCUCUGCUCUGCCCUCGUGAGACCACAUUUGGAAUAUUGUGCCCAGUUCUGGGCCCCUCAGUUGCAGAAGGACAGGGAGCUGCUGGAGAGAGCUCAGUGCAGGGACACAAAGGUGGUGGAGUGGAGCAUCUUCCUUCUGAUGAGAGGCUGAGGGAGCUGGGGUUCAUGAGCUUGGAGGAGACUCAGGUGUGACCUCAUUCAUGUUAUAAAGCCAUAAAGAGUGGGUGUGUGGAGGCUGGAGCCAGGCUGUGCUCAGUGAUGGCCAAUGAUAGGACAAGGGGCAAUGGGGACAAGCUGGAACAGAAGAGGUUCCAGAGAAAUACAAGGAAAAGUUUCUUCAUUGUGAGUGUGAGAGAGCACUGGCAGGGGCUGCCCAUAUGGGCUGUGGAGUCUCCUUCUCUGGAGACAUUCCAACCCAGCUGGAUGAGUUCCUGUGUGCCUUGCUCUAGGUGGUGCUGCUCUGGCAGGGGGUUUGCACUGGAUGAUCUUCCAAGGUCCUUCCAGCCCUUGAGCUUCUGUGAGACACUGAUUGCAGCAUUGUCUUUAUGGCAGUUCAUGUGAUCUUCCUUCCCUUUUCAGAAGGGAAACAUCUGGAAAAUUAACAGCUUAAAAUGAAGAGUUGUAACUUUGAGUCUUCCCCUGACUAUUUGACUUAGAGCAGAUCCAUUGCAUCAGAUGUUAAUCACGGUGGUGCAGACCUUUGCAGGAUUUGCUGAACAUGAGUUGUAACUCAAACACCAGGAAAUUGCCUGCAGAGCUUUGUGAUGUAAAUGCAUAUGCAAAGUGCUGGUAAACACAGGAAAGUGAUUACACUGCAAGAGCUGCCUAACUGCCUGGUUUUGGGGAUGAUUUUAGAUGCCGUCUUACUCUACAGACUCACAUCAAUUGUCUUAAUCUUAGUUUUGAAGCGACUCUCUGAAGACUUCCUUUUUGAAAAGUUAGUAAGCAAGAACAAUUCUGUUUUAAUAAAUGAAGGAGAAUAAAGAAAAUUCCAGCCCUUCUGUAAACUUGGCAAACCUGGACCAUACAAAGCCAUGCUGGUACUGGGAUAAGAAAGAUUUGGCACAUACACCAUCACAGCUGGAAGGGCUUGAUCCUGCUACUGAGGCACGGUACCGCAGAGAGGGGGCCAGAUUCAUCUUCGAUGUGGGAACACGUUUAGGGCUACAUUAUGAUACUCUAGCAACCGGAAUCAUUUAUUUCCAUCGGUUUUAUAUGUUUCAUUCCUUCAAACAAUUCCCAAGAUAUGUGACAGGAGCCUGCUGUCUCUUCCUAGCAGGAAAAGUUGAAGAAACACCUAAGAAAUGUAAAGAUAUAAUUAAAACAGCUCGUAGCUUGCUAAAUGAUGUACAGUUUGGACAGUUUGGAGAUGAUCCAAAGGAAGAAGUGAUGGUCCUUGAAAGAAUCUUGCUACAAACAAUAAAGUUUGAUUUGCAAGUGGAACAUCCAUACCAAUUUCUUCUCAAGUAUGCCAAACAACUCAAAGGAGACAAAAAUAAAAUUCAAAAACUGGUUCAGAUGGCUUGGACGUUUGUCAAUGACAGUCUCUGCACUACACUGUCACUGCAGUGGGAACCUGAGAUCAUAGCUGUUGCAGUUAUGUACUUAGCAGGCCGUCUGUGUAAGUUUGAGAUACAGGAAUGGACAUCAAAACCAAUGUACAGACGAUGGUGGGAGCAGUUUGUCCAAGAUGUUCCUGUUGAUGUUCUGGAAGACAUCUGUCAUCAGAUCCUGGAUCUGUACUCACAGGGAAAACAGCAAAUGCCUCAUCAUACUCCUCACCAGCUACAGCAGCCACCAACUCUUCAGUCUACACCCCAGGCACCUCCAGUACAGCAGUCCCAACAAUCGCAGAGCUCAGAGCAAUCACAGACUCAGCAGCAAAAAGAGUCCCAACAGUCAGCACAGCAACAACAGCAGCAGCAGCAGCAGCAAACACAGGCACAGCAAUCUAAAAAGCCCUCUCCCCAGUCAAGUCCUCCUAGACAGAUUAAAAGACCAGCAGCUGUAUCUCCAAAAGAAGAAACAAAACCAUCAGAACCACCACCACCAUCUAAAAUUCCUAAAAUUGAAACUUCACAUCCAUCAGUACCUCCUGCACAUCCACCUCCAGAGCGCAAGCCGGCCCUGACGACGGCCGUGCCGCUGGGCGAAGCAGAGCCGGCCGCCGCUGUGGACUCGGUGGACAUGCCAAAGGUCCAGAUCCCUCCCCCCGCUCAUCCCGCCCCUGUGCACCAGCCUCCGCCUCUGCCGCAUCGCCCCCCGCCCCCGCCCCCCACCAGCUACAUCACGGGGAUGUCUACUACCAACUCCUACAUGUCAGGGGAGGGUUAUCAGAGUCUUCAGUCGAUGAUGAAAACGGAAGGACCGACUUACGGAGCCCUCCCGCCGGCCUACGGCCCUCCGACCCACCUGCCCUACCACCCGCACGUGUACCCCCCCAACCCGCCGCCGCCGGUGCCGCCCCCGCCCCCCGCCUCCUUCCCGCCGCCCAACAUCCCCCCUCCCACCCCGGGCUACCCUCCUCCGCCCGCCUACAACCCCAACUUCCCCCCGCCGCGGCUGCCGCCCGCGCACGCCGUGCCGCCGCACCCGCCGCCGGGGCUGGGCAUGCCGCCCGCCAGCUACCCGCCGCCCGCCGUGCCGCCGGGGGGACAGCCCCCCGUGCCGCCGCCCAUCCCGCCGCCCGGCAUGCCGCCCGUGGCGGGGCUGGGCCGCGCCACCUGGAUGAGAUAGCACGAGGCCCCCGGCGCCCUGCCCCUUCCCCCGGCCCGGCCCAAAAGCCGCCCCCCCCCCGGCGAAGAGGAGGGCGGUUCGUAUCGUUUAGCUGAAGAGACGAGGCAGUGGGAUGGAAACGUAGCUGGUCUGUUGGCAGUAUCGUUUAUGGUGACUUAUAUAGGCUUCUAGAUUUUAAUCGGCUCUGCAGUAUCUAUUCUAACUUUGUACGUUUGACUUCGGUUUCGAUUGUCUUGAGUUAUUCCAGCACUGGAUUACUUUGUACUAGCAAAACCAGCCAUAUUGGCUCACUUGUAUCAGUAAGAAGGCAAUUUCCUUCUAGCAAUGGGUGCCUGUUUUUGAGUACCAAAUUAGCCAGAGAGCGGGAGGUUCACCUAGAGCAACAAACUUCCUUUUUUUCAGUAAUAACUCAAACGACGCAGCAUCGAGCAUAAAAGCUACUUUAUUUAAGAGAGGUUCUGAAUGCUGGCUGACUGGAAUCACUUUGAGGUGUUUGCCUUGCUGAUAUUUUUGUUUUGGAAUGUACUGGUAUCUUUAAAGUAUUGUAUGUUUACACCUAUUUGCAAAUCCCUGUACAUAAUAUAUAUAUUUUCUAAGUGUGAAAGUCUGAAUGUAACAGCCUACUGUGACGUACAUCCCGGUUAUAAAUGAGACUGACUACUUCACCCACAUCUACCCCAAUAAAAGUGGUUCUGAAUUUA